AUGGCGGAAGCUCUCUACGCAUUUUGUUCUCCGACGAUUAAUUUCUCAGAGAAGGACUUAUUGUUGGGGAUAAGCAACCACAAUAGACCCUUAUAUGUUUCUAGGUCUUGUGAUGGGACAAGAGUCAAUCUAAUCCUCAUUGAUUCAGGGUCAUCAGUAAAUCUGAUAACACUAAAGACUUUGCAUACCUUGGCUUUGGAGACAUAUCACCUAUUGGCUGAAAAGAUCUUUGUCCAAGGCUUUAACCAGCAUAAUCAAAAAGCCCUUGGGUCAAUUACUCUCCCUUUAAAAAUUGGAAAGUUGACAUCAGACGUGAAGUUUCAUGUCAUCAACACUGAUGCUUCCUAUAGAGCAUUGUUGGGAAGACCAUGGCUACAUGAAAACUAUGUGGUUCCUUCCACUUUGCAUCAAUGUUUGAAAUAUAUGAAGGAUGAUGAUGUAUACAAUAUAGAUGGAGAGAUCCAACCAUUUGGUGUGCAUGAAAUCAACUAUAAGGAUGCACGGUAUUUUGUGGAUACACCAAAAGGGGGCAAGCUUUCUGCAGCCAAAGAUGAUGUCCUUAUGAAAGUCACUAAAACUACCAAGCUCACUCAGAAGAAGGUUUGGUUUUUGCCUUUGAAACUGCACUUUGGAAGUGACACGGAGCCUUUAGAAGAAAAAAAGUUCAUGAAGACAUACAAAUCGCUCACUCACUUGCUCGUCGUCACAAGAGGAACUGGCAUUUUGGAAGUGAUGGUUCUGACAGAGAAGAAGCUUUAUUCCUACCAAUUUAAAAAGAAGAAGAAGAUGAUGAUAAAGUUCUGGUUGAAAGCUCUCUUCAUGUUACAAGAAUACCGGAGGGCCUUCACAAAAGCUCUUGAUGAGUUGCAUGUUAACUUGGUAGAACGGCUCAUCACCUUCUAUGUGCCUUCUCGCCAUCAAGAGGAGAGAGGGAUUCUCUUUUAUAAGUCUGAUCCAAAUAAGUCUAAUGCUGAAGAUAUUUUGAUGAGCAAAGCAAUGGAAUAUGAAGAACCUUGGCCUUUGAGGAUUCCAGAUUACUAUCCUCCUAAGCUAAGAAAAUUAAUAAAGCAAGCUGGAAUUAGUUUGAAGCAUUCGAAAGACAGGCAUAUUCUCUUUGAGGGACUUUGGCGCCCUUUUAAGAUUGCUGUGCAAGGUCAAGGCUUAAGCAAAAAGGGUCUUGGGUUUCAAGAUGAGCAAGUAUAUGAAUGUCGCAUGGUACCACCUGUUGAAGGGUCGGAUACAAGGGAUGAAGAUCCAGUUGAACACGUAUUAGAUAAUCACCUCGUCAAAGAUAUAAAAUUGAAGGACGCACCCCCUAAAUUUGAAGAUGGAGGGCAAGCGACAAUUGAUGAGUUGGUGGACAUCAACUUGGGAAGUGAGGAUGAUCCUAAACACACUUUCUUAAGUGGACAACUAACUCAAGAAGAGAAAGAAGCCAUUCUAAGCAUCCUUGCAGAGUAUAUUGAUUGUUUUGCAUGGAGCUAUAAGGAGAUGUAA